AUGGACUUCCCUGGCUGUACCUCAGUAAGGAGAGCGAAUGGAACUGUGAUCCACCUCAGGAAGACAGAGUUUAACAGUUCCUCAAAUCUGGAUGACACAACUUUGCUCCUUUUGCUGGAGGAAUGGUCUCUCACCCCAUCAGGCACAAACACAAAGAUGUUUUUAAUCUCUCCAGUUGUCUGCCUCUUGGCAGGUGUCCUCAUCAUCCCUACCAUCCUGUUUGUGAUCUUCUCUCGGUUUAAAAUCCGCCAGGAAACAAGGUACAUGCUGCUGGGAAACGCUCUGCUCUCUGAUCUGAUCUACCUGCUGUUCUACACGCUGUCAGCUGCUCUCAACACAGCACAUCUACACCUCCCAAAGGAGGCUUGUGUCCUCCUCUUGUUUUUGCUGGCAGUGGCUUACUGUGGAGGACUGUUCACAGCUGUUGCAAUAGUCUUGGACACGUACAUCGCCGUUUUGUUUCCUUUGCGCUACAUCGCUAUUUUGCCUCCUUCACGAACUAAAAAAAUCAUUGUAUUACUGUGGAUGUGUUCUGGAGCUUUCCCUGGGAUUUUCUUCUUGGUGCUAUGGACUACACACAGCUUUGUGCCCUGUGUCAUGGAAACCUGCUCCGUUCCAGUGAUACUAAUAUUAACUCUGAAUCGGACUGAUGCUGUGAAACUCUGCUUCUGGCUUUCUACCACAGUUAUCAUUCUCUGCCUGUCUGUAAUAUUUUGUUGCUAUGCUAUUCUGUAUUUUAAAACCAAACACUCAGGUAUAUGGGAGAGCAUCUGCUCCAGAGCCAGUGUGACAUUCUUAAUGCACAACACUGUGUUAUUUUUUUACUUCUUUCCACUCCUGGCUCUUUUUGUAGAAUCAUUCCUGGGUGUUAAUGUUGUCAUCAGACUGCAGACAGGAAUCUUGAUCUCCCUGACAGUCUGCAACGUCCUCAUGAUUCUUCCUAAAGUUUUGUUCCCUUUUCUGUAUGGGCUUCGAUACAGAGAGAUCUCAGCCUCUCUCAAAUCCAUCGUCAGGAGGAAGCAGCUUCGCCUGGUGUCACCUGCUCCACCACCAUCCUGAGGCAGCACAGAGCACAGUCACAGCAGAGGAGCUGUCCUCACCUUGUUAUUGUGCAAGACUGAUGGAAACCACCCAGCUUCUGCAGUGGAGAAGCGAUCAACACAUGGUAAGGAGACAUGGGUUCAUCACUGCCUUCUUCGUGCCAAAAGGCCACAGAUCUUUCAUCACAACAGCUGAGAAUAUAGUGAAUGCUACCCUGGAUGAACUUCCAAGCUUUGUUCUGAUGUGAAAGGCAGAACCUUCUGGAGGUGAUAUUGAAUUAAGGUUAUUUUCACCCACCUGUCGCAGAUGCCUUUCUGGAAAAAAGGAAAAGUAAAAAUAGAUAAUGCAAAGAAAAGGAGUUAAGCACAAGUCUCGUGACAGCAUCACCUACAGCAGAGGAUCCUUAACCAAAUGUGCUGUGAAAACAACAACCAUUUUGUUUUUCACACAGUAUAUUCUUGCAAGCUUGGCAGCAAAAACAUGCUCUGAGAGGUGCCUCUGGAAACUGCUGCGCUCGGUGAAACACUCCUGCAGUGUGCUGGUGUAUUCACUGCCUCAUGGAUUCCAUCUGACAAUCUGCAAAACACUGAUGGUUUGAUAAAAUCUCCACCUGAUGGGAAACCACCUUAGAUCAGUGUCUGCUGGGCAGCCAGCACAUGGCACUGCUGGGCAUCACAGAGGUGGAUGAGGGAGGACUGGGGCAGCAGGGCAGGAGCAGAGAGGUGCCAGCCUGGGCACAGGGGUACCCACACCAUGGCUCAGACAGGACCCAGGGCACCAUUUCUGAGUCUCUGUUGAGGCAGCUCCCAGUUCUGCCUCACAAAAAUCUUCUCCAGCAGCCUGAUCUCAGUUUACAGCUACACCAUGUCAGAGCUGCUGCUGGCUACCUGCCACCAAAGCCCUGGGAGAGGCUGCAGAGAUGGCUGGUGUAUCAGGGCAAGAAAAAUGGGCAAGAAAAAUGAGAUCUUGGAAGAACCUUUUAGGUUUUCCAGAUCAGCCACCUACCUAUAGAAGACAAGCGAAAUAUGUAUCUGACCUUUGAAGAAAGGAAAAUGUCAUUAGAUAUAAACACCAGUGUGGGAAAUUUAAACUGCUAUUCUGUCCCUUGGACUAGAGAAAAGAAUUCUGUAUUUCUAAAGAUAAUAUUUUUAGAAAUUGUUACAUUUUAUGUAAAAAUACAUUGGAUUUUUUAAAAAGGCCCUUGAUUUCACUCUGUGCAAUAUUUUCCUUGUGCAGACUCUCUCCACCUUCUGAUUGCUUAAAGCAAUACACAGAAGGUGCUGAAUGUGGCUUUUGGCUAUUUCACACUCAUCUGAAGAAUUCCACUAAGUGUGAGCCAGGAAGAGAUCAGUGUCUGGUUGCAUGAAAUGUUUUUGGCAGCAAAAUGAGUUUGAACAGUUCCUGCUGAUCUUCUCUCCUCAUUCCCAAACUGUUUGUUACUCUUCUCACAUUGCAGUGUCCACUCUCUCCUGUUUGCUGAUGCAACUGCUUCUGAGGUUGCAGGUUAAAAAUACCUCUUCAAAGAGAAGUGGUGUUUUCAUUUUAACUGAGAUUAUCCCAGUGAUCUGUUUUAUAGACUGUUCUGAAAACAGCUGCAUCAGCACCACUGAGGGUGUAACAAAUCCCAGUUCAGAGGUGGGGGGAAUGAGUGGGGACAUC